AUUGGCGCCGCGCGGGAGGGAAAUUGUGGCGCGUGAAUGAAAUUGUGGCGCGUGAAUGAAAUUGUGACGCGGCGAGCGACAUACCCUAAUCCCCAAAUCCCCAAAUCCCCAAUAUCUCAGAAAACCGCCCGCCCUCUCCUCCCGCCUACUGGCCGCCGCCGCCGCGCACACCCGCUCGCGCCUCCACGCGCCGCCCACCCGCUCGCCUCCACGCGCCGCCGACCUGCUUGCGGCCGCGCCGCAGACCGCCGACCCGCUCGCGGCCGCGCCGCACACUGCACCCAACCGCCGUCGCCCACCCGCCGGUGUCGCCGCUGCAGCUGCCCGCCGCCGCAGCUGCCCGCCGCCGCAGCUGCCCGCCGCCGCCACCUCUUCCUCCGCCCUAAGCCGUCUGCGGUCUAUCUUAUUGUAACUAAUAAAAAUGGACAAGAUAUGGAUGGGUGAGGCUAGGCACACAACACCUUAUACUGAUGGUGUAGCUCGAUUUAUUCAGUUUGCUUUUACACAUUCAGCAAGAGGA